UGCAAAAGCAUUUAACAGUCUUCCAUGAACAAUGACACUCGGGGUGUCUCAGGGCUGAACACCACAGAGGGAGUAGGACCGCUGUAGAGUACGGAAGGACACUGUUGAGAAAGAACGUCAUUAUUCCAGCGCGGGGCAGGUGGAUGCCUGACAAAAUGGACAGGUGACGACGACCGGAAACUGUUGUGGAGUAGCUCUGAAUACGACUUUUCAUCGAAGCAGAAAGGAUUUACACUGAGAGCAGGAAAAGACAACAGGAAGUGAGCAUCCAGAAGAGCAGGCCUGGGAUUUCAGUGGCAGGAUUGGAGGCCUGGCAAGGAAUGUAUGUCAACAAUCAAUCCUAGAGACCGAGGAGAGACACCGGGUUGCUACAGAAACAAACAAAAAAUCUGACGUCAGUGAUACAGAGACUGAAUGCCUGUAGCCCGUUGGGCUGAGGUGAGGCGGGCAAGUGAACAGAGAUGGAUGUGUUUGGUGGAGCACCACGGUUCCUGGCCUACCCUCGGCCUGUAGUGGUGCAGAGUGGCGCAGAUGCUGUCCUGAAAUGCCAGAUUGGUGGUGAUCCCAGACCAGCAGUCAUAUGGGAGAGAAACAAUGAAAAAAUCCAUCCAGGGGGCAGAUAUCGUGUGUUUGAGGAUGGUAAUGUCUAUAACCUCAUCAUUACUCUAGUAACAGCAGAGGACAGUGGCCAGUACAUAUGCAAGGCCAAGAACAGCAUAGGGGAAACAUAUGCUGCAGCAACGCUGAAAGUAGAGGGUGAGGCUCAAGAGAUGGAGCUGAGAGAAGAGAACAAGCCCCGUUUUCUUAUCAAACCCCUGUCUACCCGUGUAGGCCGAGGAGAAGAUGCCGUUUUCUCAUGUAAGCUCUGGGGUAACCCUAGGCCGGAGGUGGUUUGGGAGAAAGAUGGAAAGAAGCUGAACGAAAUCUUUGAGAGCACACAUUUCAGUGUUGGCUAUCAGGAUGGAGGAUGGUUCCAGUUAAAAAUUUUUAAGACACGGGCACCUGAUGGAGGGGUGUACACAUGCAAGGCCAGGAAUGAGUUUGGUGAAAGCCUUGCUGGUGCUGUCCUGCUAGUCGAUGCAGGCCCAGGACAUGAAGAUGAGGGGAAUCGCAAUGGGUAUACUAAUGGACAUUGGAAGGCACAUCAGGGAAAGCAGAGAAGUGGAAGGCAGGUUUCAACACGACUAAAAGACGAACCUCUGCCAAACUCAGCCAAAGUGAAAAUGUUUGCAGUGACAGAAGGAAAACAUGCCAAAUUCCGCUGCUAUGUGACGGGGAAGCCAAAACCAGAAAUCAUAUGGAGGAAAGAUGGAAGACUAAUCUUGUCUGGAAGGCGAUAUCUCUUAUAUGAAGACAGAGAGGGGUACUUUACACUUAAAGUUCUUUAUUGUAAACAACAGGACAAUGGGGUAUAUGUCUGUGCUGCAUCCAACACUGCAGGACAAACCCUGAGUGCAGUGCAUCUUUCAGUUAAAGAACCACCCAUAAGAUUCAAGCAACCACUCAGUGACCUUCAGGUCUGGGAGCGGGACCUAGCCAUUCUUGAGUGUGAAGUGCCAGAGGACUCUGUGCCCAUCACUUGGUAUUUGGAAGACAGGCGGUUGCAACCAGGGGCUAAAUAUGGGAUGGAGGAGUGGGGGACAAAACGCCGACUCACAAUUCGCGACAUCGGAAUUGAUGACGAUGGCAUCUAUCUCUGUGAGAUGGCAGAUGGAGGAAGAAGCAUAGCUGAGGUAGCCGUCAAAGGUACCAUUGUAAGAAAGCUUCCCAGAAAAGUGGAUGUUCUAGAAGGGGAAAAUGCAGCUUUCUGUGUGGAGGUGGAAGAGGAAGAAAUGGACAUUCACUGGUAUAAAGAUGCAGUAGAGUUAAGGGAGACGCACCAAACUAUCCUCAAAUCAUUUGGCAGAACUCACAUUUUGGUCUUUGUCAAUACUACACCCCAAGAUUCUGGCAUGGUCACCUUCUUUGUGGGUAGAUCAAAGACAUCAUCUCAGCUAAGGGUGAAAGCUGCAAGGCACUGUCCACCUAGCUGUCCUAUAGGAGUGCAGAUAAACACAGAGCGUGCAAAUGCAGCACUCCUGUCCUGGGUUCCAGCACAGGACUCUCGGAAGAAUCCACCCUCGGGCUACAUCCUUGAGAGACAGGAAAUGGGCUCUCAGGAGUGGCUGCAGUGUCUCACUACUGACUCAGCAACCUCUGUGGAGAUUCUUGGUGACAGUGUUCCCUGUGAAGCUGACUACAGAUUCCGUAUUUGCAGCAUUAACAAGUAUGGAAGGAGUGGGUAUGUGGAGUUCCCUCGAGCGGUACACCUUGUUCCAGUGGCCAAAAUACAAGCACCUUUACAAGAUGCCUUGGUGCCAGAGGGCCAGGAUGCCUCUUUUUCCAUGGAGCUGUCUGCAUCAGUCAUAGGCACUUGGUUUUUAAAUGGCAACCAACUUCAGGAAGAUGAACGUUUCUCCAUCAGGCGGUCUCGUACCCACCAGUCCCUUCGCAUUCGUGGUGUACGAGACACUGACAAUGGAGCUGAAAUCACCUUCAUUGCAUAUGGAAUUCGGGAUUCAGCAGCUUUGUAUAUACAAGCUCCAUUGGUUAAAUUUACUCCACUUUCUGAAAUGGACCGAAAUAAGUUUGUGGAAGUUGGCAAUCCAAUAGUGCUCUACUGUGAGCUUUCUGAUCCUGAAGCCCAAGUCCGCUGGUAUAAGAAUGGCAUUGAACUGCACUCAGUAGAAGGUCUUCACAUCCAGUCGGAAGGAACGAUGAGGAGAAUCGUCAUUCAAUCAGCUGAGUUCUCCCAUUCAGGAGUUUAUACCUGUGAUGCCAUAGAUGAUAUCAUCAGGUUUAAUGUGGAAGUUGAAGCUCCACCUGUGAGAUUCACAGUGCCUCCUGAGGUUGAGAGAAGCAAGUCCAUUGAAGCUGGUUCUCCAAUUAUACUUCAAUGUGAGCUCUCAGAUCCAAGUGCCCAGGUCUUCUGGUACAAAGAUGGAGCAAAACUCCUGCCACAGAGUGGACUAGACAUCCAGUCUGAUAGCACUAAGAGAACACUGGUAGUCCAAAAGGCUGAAUUUUUCCAUUCCGGGGUGUACAGCUGCAAGACAAAGGGUGCUGCAGUCCAGUUCAGUGUGGAAGUCAAAGCUCCACCAGUGAGGUUCUCAGCUGUCCCAGACAAUGAGAGGAGAAAGUACACUGAAGCAGGCUGCGCAGUCAUUCUACAGUGCGAGAUAUCAGACUCAACUGCACAAGUCCACUGGUUCAAGGAUGGAAAGCAGAUUCUCGUAGAAUCUGGAGUAGACUUCCAAUCAGAGGGCCGGGUACAGAAAUUAAUCAUUCAGACAGCAGCCCUGUCUCACUCCGGUGUGUACAGGUGCACAACAAAAGAUGACGCCGUCGAGUUUCAUGUGGAGAUCAGAGCUGUACCAGUGCGGUUCUCAGCUGUUCCUGAAAUUGAGAAGAAUAAAUGCAUUGAAGCUGGCAGUCCUUUUGAGCUCUGCUGUGAGGUAUCAGACCCUACAGCCCACGCCCGCUGGUACAAGGAUGAACUAGAGCUCCUCCCAGAGACUGGCUGGGACACUCAGGCUGAGGGCACACUGAGGAUGUUGGUAGUCCAGUCAGCAGAUCCCAGUCACUCUGGACUUUACAACUGCAACACAUCUGAUGACUCUGUCCAGUUCACUGUGGAUAUCAAAGCUCCACCAGAGUUGUCAGCCUUACCAGAGACUCUGAAGAACCAGCUGUUUGAAGCAGACUACCUCACUGAUCUACGCUGUGAGAUCUCAGACCCUCCAGCCAAGGUGUGUUGGUAUGAGGAUGGAGCAGAGCUCAUCUCAAAAAGUCAACCUCAUACCAAAAAGGAGGACUCCAGAAGGACACUAACUGUCAAGACAGCACAGGCCUCCGAGUCGGGACGGUACGACUGUGUGAGAAAGGAUGAUGUCAUCCAGUUUAAUGUACAAGAUGAAGCUCAACCUUUGAAAUUGCUGGAUGUUCCUGAAGUUGAGAAGAAAACGUGUAUUGAAGAAAGCACACCUGGUGUACCGCAAUAUAAAAUCUUGGAUUCCACUGAAUGUGGCUAUCAUUUACAAGAUGAGGGAGAGAUUCUGCUUCAAGCUGAAAUUGAGUCUGAACCUCAGAUUAAAUUGGAAGGAUCCAAAAGUCCUUUAAUAAUGAAGCCAUCUGAGAUACCUCACAAUGGGACAAACCUGGGACCUAGGACAGCAGAUGAUCCCAUCCAGUUUAAUGUGGAUAAAGCCGAGCUGUCUUACUCUGAGGUGUACAAGGGUGAGAUCUAUGAUGACUCUGUCCCGUGCACUGUGGAUAUGAAAGCUCCAAAGAUGAAUUUCUCAACUCGUCGUGAAGUGCCGGACAACAAGCCUCCUGAAGCAGAAUGUCUCAGAGUGCUGAAUGAGAUCUCUGAGCAGAAGGGCCAAAUCUGUGGGCAAGGAGAAAUAUCGAUAGCCCACCAACAAGAUGCGACAAACGCCACAUCUCAUCUCAACUCUGAGAAACAGUUUGCCCAGUUAUCAAAGAAGCCUCACAAAGAGGUGUACAGAGCUGAGACAAAGGAUCAGCCUGUGAUGUACCAAGAUGAAGUAAAAGCACCUGCACCUAAACUGGUGAAAUUUGCCCCACUACCUGAGACUGCCAGGAACAAGACCAUUGAAAGUGGCAUGCCUCUAGUACUACAGUGUGAGAUAGCAGACCCAGAAGCUCCAGUUUCUUGGUACAAGGAUGGAAUACAGCUUCAAACUAAAAAUGGAUUAGUGAUCCAGUCAGAGGACCGCAUACGGAGGCUGGUUGUUCCAACCGCAGAGCUCUGUCACUCAGGGGUGUACAACUGCGAGGCAAUGGAUGAUGUCAUAAAAUUUAAGGUGUAUGUCAAAGCUACACAGCUGAAAAGUCCAACAAUCCCUGAGACUGGAAAGAGUGAAAUGACGUCAGUUGAAGCAGACACUCUGAGGGUUCCACAAAGCGAGAUAUUAGAUUCCACACAGGUCUGCUGGUACAGAGAAGGAGAAGAGCUCUUUCAAAAAAGUUUACCUGUCAGUGAGUCAGAAGACGCUUUGAGAACUCUUGUCCAAUCCGCUGAGCUGUCUGACUCUGGAAUAUACAGUUGUGAGACAAAGGAUACCAACAUCCAGUUUACUGUGGAUCCACCAGUACCACCAGUGAAGUUCUCUGCAAUCACUGAAGCUCAGAGGAACAGAAAAGCUGUAGCUGGAGAGCCCUUUGAACUGCAGUGUGAGGUCUUGGAUGCUGCUGCACAGGUUUGCUGGUACAAAGAUGGGCAUGAGUUGCAGACCCAAGCUGGAGUUUUGAUUCUGUCUGAGGGUGCAAUACGAAAACUUAGAGUGCAGUCAGCUGAACUGGCUCACGGUGGAACAUACAGUUGCAAGACAGACACUGAUGCCAUCACAUUCAACGUGGAAAUCAAAGUGCCAUCGCUGAGGUUCAAACCACUGUCAGAGAUGGAGAGGAACAUACAUGUUGAAGUAGGCUCGCCAUUUGUUUUGAAAUGUGACAUUUCAGACUCUGCAGCCCAAGUUUGCUGGUAUAAAGAUGGCUCAAAACUCUCCCCCAAAAAUGGACUUAAUAUCCAAAAAGAUGAAAAUUUGAGGAUUUUGAGUGUUCAAUCAGCCAAGCUUUCUGACAGUGGACACUACACCUGUGGCAUUCCUGAUAAUGCUCUAUCAUUCAAAGUGGACGUUCAAGCUCCUCCCGUAAGGUUCUCAGCACUUCCAGAGGUUGCAAGGAACAAGUUCAUUGAAGCAGGCUGCCCCGUUGUUCUUCAGUGCGAAAUCUCUGAACCAACUGCCCAAGUUUCCUGGCUCAAAGAUGGAGUGCCACUCCUUCAACAGGCUGGACUUGACAUCCAAUCAGAGGGCACCAUGAGAACAAUGAUCAUUCAUUCAGCUGAGCUCAAACACUCGGGAGUGUACAGCUGUGAAGCUAGGGAUGAUUGCAUAGCAUUCAAGGUGGAUGUUGCAGCUCCACCAGUGAUGUUCACUGCUGUCCCUGAGAUUGAGAAGAACAAGUCCAUUGAAGCAGGCUCGUCUAUCGUUCUCCAAUGUGAGAUAUCUGACCCCACAGCCCUGGUCCAAUGGUACAAGGAUGGAAUCCAGCUCCUCCCUCAAUCUGGAGUUUUCAUGCUAUCAGAGCACAACAUGAGGACACUGAUUAUCCAGACAGCCAAGUUUUCCCACUCUGGGUUUUACAGUUGUAAUGCAGCUGAUGAUAUCAGCGAUUUUUAUGUGGACAUCGAAGCACCUCCUGUGACAUUUGUCUAUCUGCCAGAGGAAGAGCUCCACAGAAAUAUUAUGGAACAGGACAGUCUCUUCCUUUGUUGUGAGGUGUCUAGGUCUGAUGCCACUACACAGUGGUACAAGGAUGGAGUUGAAGUACAGCCCAGUGACAAAGUUCUAAUAGAGGCAGAAAAUACCAUGCAGAAACUGAUUAUCCAGUCUGUUCAGCUAUCAGAUGCUGGGGUGUACACUUGCCGUGCAGGAGACAAUGCCUUAAUCUUCAAGGUUAACGUAAGAGAGCCUCCAGUAAUGAUAGUCUAUCCCAAGGAAGACGUUCACCUUGAUCGCCAUGUUCCUGAGGAAAUAGUCCUCAGCUGUGAACUUUCCCGCCCCAAUGGAAAAGUGACUUGGCUCAAGGAUGGACAAAAACUUCAAGAAAGUGAAAACAUAAAGCUCAAGACAGAAGGUCCUUACAGGAGGCUAAAGAUUCUUCACAGCAGAGUUGAAGAUUCUGGAGAAUAUGUCUGCGACACAGCGGAUGACUCAAAGUUCUUUUAUCUCAGCAUAAAAGAACCCCCAGUACGCAUAGUUUCUCCAAGUCAAUCCCAAAUGGAACUUUGCCAGCAAACAUCAGAGAGGAUGGUGCUGAGCUGUGAAAUUUCCAGACCCAACGCUUCUGUGCGCUGGUAUCGUGAUGGGCUUGAAGUAGAGGAGAACAACAACCUAAUACUGGAAGUUGAUGGUGUUUACAGAAGACUCAUAAUACCAGAGACAACAGUCAGUGAUUCUGCAGAAUACGUGUGUGACACAGCUGAUGAUUCUGUGACUUUCUUCGUAAAUAUUGCAGAACCACCAGUGCGAUUUAUUCGGCCAAGGAAAAUGGCCUACGAAGUAGAAAAAUGUGUUGGACAGACAGUAGUCCUUGACUGUGAGGUGUCUAGAUCGAAUGCUGAAGUCAGCUGGAAGAAGAACAGAGAGGAGAUUGACGAGAACAGCAACAUAACGAUAACUGAAGAUGGCAGUAGUCGACAGUUAACAAUUCAUUCAGCAGUGCUUGAGGAUACAGGCCAAUACGUCUGUGAUGCUAAAGAUGAUGUAAUGGACUUCCAUUUGAAAAUACUUGAGCCACCAAUUAAAUUUCUGCAGAAAGCUGAUAUAUCAACAGACAUACAUGUUGUAAUAUCAGAUGCUAUUGUACUGAAGUGUGAACUUUCCAGAGCAAAUGGUGUAGUCCAGUGGUACAAGGACAAUGAGAGAAUUGUGGGUAAUGAGCAUUUUAUCUGUGAUGAAAAAGGGGCAUUCAGAUCUCUGAUUGUCCUGAAUGCUGAGAUCAAGGACUCUGGGGAAUACAUAUGUGACACAAAAGAUGACAAGGUUGUCUUUAACGUCACGGUGGAAGAAGCGCCAGUCUCUAUCCUAGGAAACUCUGGAAAUCCGGAACACUACACACUGGUUGCUGGAGAUGAGCUGAUCCUUGAGUGCGAGGUUUCUCGAGAGAAUGCCUUUGUUCAGUGGCUUUGUGAUGGUAGAGUGCUGCAAGCAGAUUCAAGAACACAUAUUGAAAGCAGAGGCACAAUGAGAAAAUUUGUGCUUUCGAGACUUGACAUUUUUGACUCAGGAGAAUACAUCUGUGAUGCUAACAAUGACAAAAUGACAACGAUAGUAACAGUUCAAGAGCCACCAUUCAAGUUCAUCAAAAAGGAAGAGAGGACAAAUAUUACUGCCUAUGAAGAAGACAGUGUAACGCUAUGUGCUGUGGUGAACAGGGACAAUGCCCCUGUGAAGUGGCUUAAGGAUGGUGAUCAAAUUAGGGAUGAUCACUUUUGUACCACAACUGAUAGACGUACUCAUUACCUGACCAUCAAUCCUCUUAAAAGGUCUGAUGCCGGAGAAUACAUGUGUGAUGUGGGCACAGAUGAGAUCCACUUCAGUGUCCAUGUGAAAGCUAUGAAGGUGAAAUUCUCCAAGCCACUGGAGAACAUAGUGGGACUCAAGGACAGUGAUGUUGUAUUGAGAUGUGAACUCUACAAGUCUAAAGGAGAUGUCCAGUGGCUAAAGAACAACCAAGAGAUCACACCAAACCGGCAUUUCACAAUCAGGGCAGAUGGGCGAGAGAGAAGCCUCACAAUACACAGUGUAACAGAUGGUGAUGCAGGAGAAUAUGCCUGUGAAUCUAAAGAUGAGAGAACAUCUGCAACAGUAGUAGUUGAAUCCCCUCGCAUUGUGGAGUUUAUUGCCGAGUUACACAACGUAACCGUUAUGGAAGGAGAAGAUGCCACAUUUAAGUGUGUAGUGUCCCCAGAAGACGCAGAGCUGGUCUGGAGCAUGAAUGGCUGGCCUAUUAAAUCAAAUGAAAGGUUUAAUAUCUCAAGUAAUGGACUGUGCCAUAUGCUACACAUCACCAACUGCCAAGUAUCAGACAGCUGCAGACUGACAGCCGAAGCUGAAGGCGUGAUAUCCAAAGCGAUCCUUCAGGUUGAAGAGGCCCAGGUGUUGUUCACAAAGAAAAUGGAGCCUGUGUUGGCGGAGGAGUUUGGGGACGCCAUUCUCGAGGUGGAGGUAAGCCUGGAAAGCGGGGAAGUUCAGUGGAUGAGACAAGGCGUAGUCAUACACCCAGGGCCCAAGUUCACCCUGAAGCAGAGUGGCCAAAAACGCUCCCUCACAAUCCACAAGCUUGCCCUUUCUGACCGGGGGAUGUACAGCUGCGAAACACUCCACGACCGCACGCAAGCCAAGCUCAGUGUGGAACCUCGAAAAAUCAAAAUACGGAAAGGACUGAGUGAGAUCCAAACCUUUGAGCGUGAGACGGCAUCCUUUGAGGUGGAGCUGUCACAUAGUAACGUGGAGGGGGCGUGGCAGAAGGACGGGAGCCGCCUCAAAAACAACAACCACUGGCGCAUGACUGCCAAAGGCCGUGUGCACAGCCUUACCAUCUCCAACCUGUCUCUGGAGGACACCGGCACCUACACAUUCUCCGCUGAGAAUGUAAGGUCAUCUGCUAGGCUCAUUGUUAAAGAGACACCAGUAUCCAUUCUGAAAAAGCUAGAGAACAGCAGUUGUCCAGAGGGCACUGGAGCUACACUUGAGUGUGAGCUGUCCAGGCAUAAUGUUGAUGUUAAGUGGACAAAGAAUGGAAUAGAACUUAAACCAGGCAAGAGCCUUCGCAUAUACUCCAUGGGGAGGAAGCGCUUCCUACAGAUCUUGAGAUGUGAGCUGGGAGAUUCAGGUGUAUAUGUGUGCGACGCUGGAGAUGCCACUACUUCCUGUUCUGUGGAAGUCUUUGAGAGGGAGCUGGAAGUGUUGCAGAGUCUGGAAGAUCUGGAUAUUCAAGAGGACCAGAAUGCUGUCUUUAUGUGUGAAGUAUCGCUGGAUGAUGUACCUGGAGAGUGGUUCAAGAAUGGGGAGAAAAUCAAACCCACCAGCACCAUCAAGAUCCGACAGGAAGGAACCAAGCACUUUCUUCUCAUGUGCAAUGUUAAAGGAGAAGAUUCAGGAGAGAUUAAAUUUGUUGCCAAGAAUGUUGAGUCCAUUGCUUACCUAGAGGUGGAGGAACUCCCUGUGAGCAUAGUGAAGCCGCUGCAAGACAAAACAGCUUUGGAGAAGAGCCGUGUCAUACUGGACUGCACGGUGUCCAAUCCUCGGUGCAGCAUCCGCUGGUAUAAAGGCAGGAACGUUAUCUUACCCUCGGAGCGCUUUGAGAUUUGCAGUGAAGGCUGCUAUCGCAAGCUUGUCAUUCAGCAGGUGGCCCUGGAGGAUGAAGGUACAUACAGUGUCCAGGUGGGCGACUACACGUGCUCAGCAAGACUCACUGUGGAAGCUCAGUCAGUCUUGAUGGUACAAGAUUUGCAGGACGUGGAGGUGACAGCCUCAGAGGAGGCCUGUUUUGCGUGUGAGGUGUCUGUGCCUGUACUCAAGGCUCCUGUUUGGACUCUGAAUGGAGAGGUACUGCAGCCUGGGCCCAGAGUUCUUCUGGAGAAAAUGGGAACAGUGCACCGGCUCACCCUGAGGCAGACGUCAGAAGACAUGAGUGGUGUGGUGGAAUUUGUUUCAGGAAAGGCCAAAAGCACUGCAAAACUGCAUGUCAAGAAAUAAUCCUUGAGACAUGGAACCAUCUUGACCUUGUGAUUACUGAAAUGUAUGCCUUGAAGCCAGAGAGUGAAGACAUAUUCUGCUAUUCUUUAAUGGGUCAGUGAAUAAGGAGUCUGUUUAAAAAGAUAUUCAAGAGAAUUUUUUACAGAAUGUGCUUACACACACCUGCAUCUAAAGUCAAUCCAAAUGUUUUGCACUGAUCAGAAAUUUUAGGCCUGCACAAAAAAACUAUAACUGUACUUCUUUAUUUUCAGUGACAAUUUAAUAUUACAAUAUUCCCCAUAUUCUCCAAGGUUACUGUUUGUUAUAAUACACUUUGUGUUGGCAUAGCACUAUUGUCAACUUAUAUACUAUGGUUUUGUGCAUUGUAAAUGUCAGUAGACUUACACUUACAGUGUCAGGAUGAACCCGCAGCUCAUCCAUUACAUUAACAAAACUUAAAUUGGUUGAAAAGUCGGUAUUUAAUUCCUUUAAAUUUAUGUACAUUGUCCUUUGUAUAGAAACCUUUUUUUCUAAAUAAGUGUUGUUUUGUGGAACGCAGGUUAAAAGGAUAUUGGGAGGCAUGAAGUUACAUAGGUGUGAAAAAGCACAGGGCCAAAAGGUUAUCGUAGGAAGGCUGAGUAUGGAGUGCUAGUUUCAUCACAUGUAUGACAGUGAGUCAGAAUUAUCUGUUAAAUCUACUCAUUUAUCAGAGCAGUAGGGGAAUGGUGUCAUUGACAUUUACAUAGAAAUGUUUCCUUUAGCAGUUGACCUUUUGCAUCAUCCAUAUUUAUUUUAAUGGGCUUCAGUCGAUUCACCUUCUAUCUCUAGUAGCCAGUACUGUUGCUUACUUGUGAAUUGUUUCCUUGGUUCAGAAAAAGCUGCCAAUAAAAUACGCUUUACUGAA